GCGGAGCUUUCCGGCGCGCUGCUUCCGGUCCCUCGGAGGGCGGGCCUGGGCUUCCGGUGGCGGCCGGCGGCGGUUCUGAGCCGGCGGGGCCGCACUCUCCUGCUGCUGCGCCGACAGUCGUGAAAGCUGAUCCUCAGGUCCCUCGCACCCCCGUGUCCUAGAAUGGCCGCUGGGACUGCGUCUUGGUGCCGGCUCGGUCCGUCGCUGCCUUCUGAGCCGAACUGCAGGGCUCUUCCCGGCGGCAGCACCCAGCUGUAAAUAGCAGAGGUGUAUUAAAGCAGUUUCCGUCCCCGCACUCUGUGAUGACGACCUUUAAUGCAGCACAGCCCCAAAUCAAGCGUAUUCCAGGGAUUCAGACUCAGGCGAACCUUCUUGUCCUCUUUAAUACCAGACGCUGGCGGUAAUUUGCUCAGCUGCAUGACUUCAUUAAAAUUGAGCAGGUGUUUUUUUUAAAUAUUUGUGGAUACAGUCUUGUGCAUUAGCACUCCUAGACCAGGAACCAUGUUUCCUGAUACACGUAUGCACCGCUAAUAUAAAGACCUCUAUGCAUUUUUGCUGAACGGCUUUUGUGGCUUUCAAGAUGACUUUCUUUCAGGUCACAUGUUCUUAUAAAUCGCUGACUGCUAAUUACAUGAAAGCAAUACCUAGUUAGCUCAGGAGUAAUGAGCCUUUACAUGCAGUGUCCAAGCUAGUAGUCAUUCAUCAAAUGUAGCUGGCCGUAUGUUUUUAUUCAUCCAAAGUGAUAUAAAACUGCUAAAGCAUUUUCCCUCCCUGAGCCUAAAACCAAGUGUGUCACCGUGGAGAUAAGCAUUGGGAUAGUGUGUGGGCCAAGUGCUUGCUUGCUCUUAGAGCGCCUUAGUCAUUGCUUAAGAGGAGUCACACCAUGGACCCUGAAGUCUCUGAAGAAGGUGGUGACGACAAGAACACUUCUGUCUGUGUUGGCCGAGAGGAUGACAUUAGAAAGUCGGAAAGAAUGACAGCUGUUGUCCAUGACAGAGAAGUGGUCAUUUUCUACCACAAAGGGGAAUACCAUGCUAUGGACAUUCGCUGUUACCAUUCUGGAGGACCCUUACACUUGGGAGAAAUUGAGGAUUUCAAUGGACAACCAUGUAUAGUUUGCCCCUGGCAUAAAUACAAAAUCACUUUGGCAACAGGAGAAGGAUUAUACCAGUCUAUAAACCCUAAAGACCCAUCAGCAAGACCUGAGUGGUGCUCCAAGGGAAUAAAGCAAAGGAUACACACUGUGACAGUGGACAAUGGCAACAUUUAUGUGACACUUUCUAAGGAGCCUUUUAAAUGUGACUCUGAUUAUUAUGCUACUGGUGAAUUCAAAGUGAUUCGGAGUUCUUCCUGAUUAAAAAAUACAUAUGGCAGCAAAAUUACGUGUAUGUUUAAAAAUAUUUUACAGUUAUUUUGUUCCAGUACCAAAGAUAAUUUUUUUCCAACAUAGGUACAUGUAACUUUAAAAACCACCGGUUUUUCCAGGGCCUGCAGAUGGGCCAGUGGCUCAGAGCUCUUGCUCUUCUUCCUCACCCUCACACCUCACAGUCGCCUCUGACUCCAGCUCCAGGGAAUCUUCUGGCCUGUGUGGGCACCAGCACACAUCUCAUAAAUAAAAAUAAAAGCAAGUAUUUUUUAAAGUCCUGGAUUUGGUGGUUUUGAAAUCACGUUUACUUUAGUAUGACUCUGGGCCACUGAAGGUCGACAGAAUACAUCCCAUCCCUCUCUGGACUGAUUGGAAUCUGUCCUUUAGAGGCUCAGAUGAUCCAGUUAGGAAGGUUACAAGGUCAGUAACAGAUAAAACAGAAGGUGUAACAGGAAAAGUUGAAGUGGGAGAAGAUUUCUUUAAAUCCGCAGGUUUAUUUGGGAACAGUCAAAGAAUGGCCUCCAUCCCUCUCUUCUAUGGUUCCCAGCAUUCUUCUGUUCUUGUGUUGCUUUGUCCACAAAUUAUCUGCCUCCUGUUUUAAAUUAUGGUUUUUACAGUUUUAAAAGUAAAAUUAGGUAUACUGAGACACUCAAAUUUUAAUUGUAUACUUUUGCUUACAAAUGUUUAGCAGACAUUUAUUUAUAUGUCAAAAUUGCUUCUAAUGAGGCCAAUGUAUGUGUUGAACUUAAAAAUGAGAAACUUAAAACUAGGCAUACUGGUACACAUCUCUGAUUCCAGCAUUCUGAGGCAGAGGCAGGUGGAUCUCUGUGGUUUUGAGGCCAGUCUGGUCUACACGGUGAGCUCCAGGCAGCCAGAGCUCCAUAGUGAGACCCUACAGGAGAGGGAGAAGGAGGGUGCUAGAUGUCAAAACCAAAUAAAACUUGGUUUGACUUGUCUCUUAACAGGGCUAAUUUCUGAAUUUAAAAAACCACCCACGUUAGCAAAGUCUCUUAGGAACCAAAGUAUUUUGUUUGCAUGAAACUUUCAAAUAGAAGUUUAAAAGAAUUUUGGAGAACAGUUUGUGCGUACGUGCAUGUGUGUGUGUGCGCACGCGCACCCGGCAUGUGCGUGUGUGCGUGUGUGUGUGUGUGUGUGCACGUGCGUGUGUGUGUGCGUGCCUGCAUGUGCAUGCAUGUGUGUGUGUGUGUGUGUGUGUGUGUGUGUGUGUACAGAUUCCCAUAAAUGUGUAUGUAGUAUUUGUUCCUCAGAGUUUACAAGCAGACUGAUGUUCUCUUGGUUUACCCUGACCUUACUACACCAGUAAUUUGUGGCCACUGCUGCUCUGACUGCCUAGGACCCAUAUCGUGCUUUUUAUUGAGCAUAUAGAGCAGCACCCUGGUGUCUGUCAUGCAGAACUUAGCACUCACUCAGUAAAAUGUAGGUGUAAAUGGGGCCAAAAAGGGUGUGUAGGUUAUGAAUUCGUGGUGAGACUGUUAAAAAUAAAACUAAGUCUCAAACAUAGUAAUUUUCAUGAUGCAGGGUGAAUUAAGUGUCUAUACCUAGUGCUUAACGUUCUCCUUCACCUGGAUUCUUUCACUGGGUUGUUGUGAAAAUGAGCCAGGAGCCCCGGAGAGACGACUGGCUAGCAGCACUCACUGCUCUCGCACAGGGGACUGCAGUGUGGGCCGCGGCACCCACCUAGUGACUCACGGGUGCUUGGACCUCCUGCUGUAUAGUAGUACAUUUCCUUUUCUUUUGGGAUAUGGGUCACAUCACAAAAGUUACUCAUUUCUGAGAACACUAACAAGCCAGACUUGGACAUUUCAACAAUGUUUCCAUCAACAGUUACUCUCUGGGUUCAGAAAAUAUGCCAUCUCUGGGCAGAGUUCAUACCAGCCUGUUAUUUCUUGGAUAUUCACAAAUCUUAUCAUAUCUUAGAAUAUAAAGUGCUUGAAAGCAACUGAAGUUGCGCCAUUCAGCAAAUCUAGGACUUGGUUUAGGCGACCAAGAAUAGCAGCAUUUCUGUCAGGAGCCAAUGGCAGUGAUGGACAAUAUGGAGUCUUGUUCUAAAUUUUUAUCUUUAAAUUUGGAAAUAAAAGUGAUCACUUUGCCAGGUUCAGUGCUGUGACCCUGUACUCCUGGCAUCUCAGGAGGUUGAGGCAGGACAAUCAUUUGAGCCAGGAAUUCAUAGCCGGAAUGAGGAUAUGACCAAACUCCAUUAAUAGAUAACAACCUCACCUUAUCAUUCUGUCUUAUCAGAUAUGCAAUUUUUUUAUAAAUUUAUGGCAUCUGAAUUUCAAGUCCUUCAUAACUUUACAAAUGACUUAUAAAAUCAGUAGAGAGACUUGGCUACUCUGCCUGUAAAUAUAAAGAAAUACAGUUUUUACUAUCUCUGAAAGUGUAGCAUUUUUUAAAUAAAGUUUUUGUCUGCCUGUAUGUAUGCACACCACACUCCAUCUGGUAUGCAGAAGCCGGAAGAGGGCAGUAGAUCCCCAGGGGCUGCAGUUGCAAACAGUUGUGGGUGCUAAGAACCGAAUCUGGCCUCUCUGUAAGAGAAGCAAGUGCUCUUAACUGAGCCAUCUCUUCAGCCUCAAAAUGUAUAACUUUUAGUUAUGAAAUUUUCCUUUCCAAAUAAGCAUUUAGAAUAAUUCUUAAUUAAAAAUAUAAAUGAAUUAGGAAUACAUCAAUAUUAUAAACAGUGUAAACUCUAGCCCAACAAAAUAUGAAUUCUCUUAUUCGUUAAAAAUAUUGUAUAGUCAGGGCAGGGAAGUUGCUCAGUGGUUACGGGCAUGUUCUGUUCUUCUAGAGGACCUGUGUUUGGUUUCCAGCAUCCUUGUCAGGUGGCUCCCGGAGAUUUGACACUCUCUUCUGGCCUGUUUAGGUACCUGCACAUUUACUAUGUAAAAUAUGUAAAAAAAUAAAAAAUACUGGGUAGUCAGACAUUUCUUCUACGUCGUUUCCUUUUAUUCUGUAUGCCGUAUAAAUACAAGAGAAUGAUGUCAUCAUUUUCCCUGCUCUGCCCCUUUAAAAAGAGCAUUCAGCAUAUGAAAACUAGUCUUCUGGUUUUGUCUGAUGAGAUGUUCCCAUGGAUGGAUGACUGCUAAGCUCUCUGGAGUGGUAUUUGUCUCUGGAUCUCUCAUUCAUUCAGUUCAGGUGAUUGGUCAAACACAGAGUGUAAAACCUGGAUCUUGUUACUCUGCUUGUUGGCAGGAGGCUUAGUGAGAGUCGCAAGGUGGUCCGGCUUCUCCGGCAGUGAUCUGUAAGGUUUCGCUGUGAUUUCACCUUCCGAGAACAUGGGCUGUGGAAGCGCAGGCUCAGAAAAGGCUUUCCUAAAGUUCUCACUCUCUCUGUUUUGCCUUAGGGAUUCUUCUUCUUGGAAAAUGUUCUUUAUCUUUGCCAGCACGGCAUUAACACAGACUGCCUGUAUCAAUAAAAAAUGUUGAAAAGUAAUGUUUCUUUUUAAGAUACUAGCAGCUACACACAAAAAGUCAGUAACAUGUCUAAUAUAGUCAAUAAUCUACAUGUUUUAAUUUAAAAUGCCCUUUGAGGAAACCCUGACACAUGGCAAGCAAUAGAUUGAUUCCUUAUCCUAAGUAUGGAAAAGUGUUUAAAUAAAAUAUGCAUAAGACUAAUCUCAGAAGUGAGAAAUGCAGCAAGUUUAUUCAUUCAGCUUAUUCUGCAUUCCUGAUGAUGGCAGUGAUCCUAGAGGGAGGGGCACAGCAUCGGUCACGGUCACGAAGCUAAAGGAACUAGUUUACCUUACAGAAGAACUGCCUGAGGAUAAAUACUGCAGUGUUUCCUCCCUCUUCUUCAGAUUUCUAGUAGAACCUUUAUUGCAGUGACACAUUACUUCGUUGUGAUAUUUCCGUGCAUGUGUAUAUUGCAUCUGAAUCUCAUCCACCCUCUCUUCACCAGUGCCUUGCCUCUCUGGUAGCCCGUCCACUAGUGUAGGUGUUUUAAAAGAUCAUUAUAGUUCAUACGCAAUGAGACAAAACAUACAAUACUUUCUUUUCAGUGUCUUUCUGCUUAACAGGAUGACCUCAGGUUCAUUCUUUCAAUUUGUUCCAAAUGAUAUAAUUUUAUCUCCAGGGUUUAUUCUGCAUUGAUUGGAUGAUCAUGCCACUUUUGUCUUCCUUCUGUUUUAUACUGUAUUAAAUGUAUUGAUUUACAAAUGCAGAACCAUCCUAACAUCCCUGAGGUGAAACUGACUUAAUCAUGUUGGAUGCUUUUUUAAGGUAUAGUUCUGAGUUCAGUUUGCAAGUAUAAUAUUAGGAAUUUUUGCUCCUAAUUAAUUUCAAAGA